GCGCUCAUUGAAAAAAAAACACACACACAAGAGAGGCAAGGUGUGGCUUUACAGAGCGCGCUCAGAUCAGGGGAGCAGACCUGUGUGGGCGGGAAGCGUAGGUCACACACCUGAGAGCUUCCGUGUUGUGGAUCGCAGGAGCUUUUGUCAAGACAGGGCAGAGAGCCUGGACCAUGUUCUCCUCCGCCACCGCGUAUAAGAACCAGCACUACUCCGAGCUGAAGAGCGCCUGCAUUAAGGACAAGAAGCUGUUCGAAGACCCAGAGUUCCCAGCCACCAACUCAUCGCUGUAUUUCAGAAGGGCCCCGCCGGGGGUUGUGCGCUGGAAACGGCCAGGGGAGAUCAGCGGCAGCCCUCGUCUGUUUGUGGAGGGCAUCAGCGCACACGACCUGAACCAAGGCAUCGUGGGUAACUGCUGGUUUGUUGCCGCCUGCUCAUGCCUGGCGCUGAAGCCAAACCUGUGGAAAAAGGUGAUUCCUGACUGGAAAGAGCAGGAGUGGGACCCAAAACACCCGGAGAACUAUGCCGGAAUUUUUCACUUCCAGUUCUGGAUAUUCGGAGAGUGGAUUGACGUGGUGGUGGAUGACCGGCUCCCGACCAUCAACGGAGAGCUCAUCUACUGUCACUCCAAAGACAACAAUGAGUUCUGGAGCGCACUGCUGGAGAAGGCCUAUGCUAAACUCUCGGCCUGCUACGAGUCGCUAGAGGGCGGCAACACUGGGGACGCUGUGGUGGACUUCAGCGGUGCCGUCGCCGAAGCCAUCAGCCUGGAGAAGGAGGCUUACUACAAGGACCAGAAAAAGCAGGACCAGCUAUUUGAAGAUCUUCUGAAGGUGUACGACCGAGGAGGCAUCAUCAGCUGCUCAAUAAAGGCAGAUCCUCAUGAAAUUGAGAUGAAGCUGAGGAACGGGCUGGUGAAAGGUCACGCCUAUUCAGUGACGGCGGUGAAGAAGGUGCGCUUGGGUCACGGCCUGAUCGCCUACUUCAAGAACGAAACCAUUCCUCUGAUCCGCAUGAGGAACCCCUGGGGCAAGACGGAGUGGAAUGGACCCUGGAGCGACACCUCGGAGGAGUGGUCAAAGGUGGGCGACACGGAGCGAGGGAAUCUUGGCAUCACCGUGGAAGAUGACGGCGAGUUCUGGAUGUCGUUCGCGGACUGGUGUAAGCACUUCACGGACGCGGAUGUUUGCCGUCUCAUCAACACCUCAGUGAUCAGCGUCCACAAGACCUGGCACGAGGUGGUGCACUUCGGCAGCUGGACCAAGCAGUCCGAGCCGCUGCUGAACCGCUGCGGCGGCUGCACCAACCACAAGCAGACCUUCCUCCAGAACCCGCAGUACGUGUUCGACGUCACCAAGGAGGUGGACGAGGUCCUGAUCUCUCUGCAGCAGAAGGACAUGAAGAUCCACAGGAAGUACGGGCAAGGCGAGAACCUGACCAUCGGCUUCAGCGUCUUCAGGGUGGAGCUAAACAGGAAGUACAGGAUGCACGACAUCUUGACCCAACAGAACGUGGAGACCUCCACCUACAUCAACGCCCGAACUGUGUUCCUGAGAUGCAAUCUGCCGCAGGGUCGCUACGUCAUAUUCCCCACAACCUUCAAACCCCUGGUGCUGGGGGACUACAUGCUCCGGGUCUUCACCGACGUCGACUCGGACUGCAGAGAGCUGACAGUCGACAAGCCCCGGGUCCGGUGCUGGAGCUCCUUCCUGGGUUACCCACAAGUUGUCACCCAUGUCUACGUUCACAAUGCUGAAGGGCUGGAGAACCAGGACAGCAGUGGAGGUGCUGAUCCAUAUGUGAUCAUCUCCUGUGAGGGCUGCUCGGUCAGGUCCACCAUCAAACCCGACACCCUGCAACCGCAGUUUACAACCAGCGGGGUUUUCUACAGAAAGAAGCCCAGGAAGCCCAUAUAUGUGGAGGUUUGGAACAGCAACGCAGUCAAAGACCAGUUCAUGGGCCAAGUGGUUCUGUCCGGUUCGGUGAAGGACUCGACGGAACCCCAGAGACUGAAACUGAGGAAACAAGGGCGGCAGAUGGCGGACGAGAUGCCGGGGACCAUCACUCUGAGGAUCGUCACGUCGACUCAGCUGACCGCCAUAUGACCUCAUCACCAUGGCGUCACCAAAGGAACCCCCACAUUCGAAUCUCCAUACAUGACCUUAACCUGUUCUCACCGUGAAGACUUUUUUUUUUUACUUUUUUAACUCAAACUUCACUUAAGUCUCUGCUUUGUUUAACAUCAUUAUGGCCUGAAGUUUAACUCCAUGUUUGUUUUUGUCUGUUGUAACCUUAACAAUUUACAUUCCAGAUUAAAGGCACAGAAUAUUUAAACAUUGUGAGCAUUUUAACCCCUUUCAUGCCACUAUCAUUCACAGCAAAUUGAAUGUGAAUUGGCCACAAUGAAGAUCAAGGAUCAGGAUUCAGUGAAGAGCUGAGCCAAAAGGCUAAAAACUACAAGUAGCUGACGUAGUUUUCUGGUAGGAUUACAGCAGAACUGCAUCUGGAUCCGUCUCUGGAGAGGUGCUCUCAGUGUUCCUGACUGGGAUCAGGCCCUGGGGCCGGACACAAUGUCUCACAUUUGACCUAGAAACACCUCAAAUUCUCCUGGGAAAGCUGCAGAAGUGGGAAGUCUGUUGACCCCACGACCUGAUGCACGGGAGAAAAUGGAUGUGGCUCGAUUUCUUUGAUGCCUCAGACUUAUCAAUAACUGACCAGUGAUUCAGAUGGUUACAUGAAGGAGUCGGAGCAGAGCUUUCGUCUGUAAACAGUGCUGUAACAGUAACAAAGCUGUGGAGUUUUUGCUUGCGCCUUGGAUGAAGAUAAACAGCAUAAACAGCCGUCUUAAACACACAGUCAGGAAAUAGUUGCUCUUCCUCUUUUUUUAUUUCAGUCCAGUUCCCAAACUGCAAUAUUUUUUACACUCAAGACACAGCCAUGCACGAUUCAAAGUUCAAAAGUCUAUUGCU